CACACAAAGCUAAAGUAUACAUUUUAAAAGGACAUACAUAAUAAAGGAAUACAUUUGAUACAUAAAGAUAUCCCACAUAACUAAAGUGUGCAUUUUAAAGAAUGUGCAUAAUAAAAGAAUACAUUUCAUACAUAAGUAUUUAUCCACAUGUUUAACAGUUAAAUGUGGAACUACAGAGACAAAAAAAGCUUAGGAAGAGGUACAAACAGAGUUGCAAGUUGUUUCGUAAGUCUCAUGAAACCAAACUUUCAGGACAUAUUCACCCAACCACUGCUGGAUGUUUAUCAUUAUUGAGAGCAUAUAUUUGUUUUUAAAAAAAGUAAUCACGUCAGAACAGAUUUCACACACUUUAAUUUUGUUUAAAUAGGGUGCAAAAUAAUUAAAAAUGGAAACUGACACAGGUGAAACUGAUAGAAGCAGAAACUUCCCAGUAAAAAAUGGGCCUGUAAAUUAUCCAAUUGGUCUGAAAUUUCACGUAUUCAUCACAAUAUAUAGUGCACCAGACAAGUUUAUUUGAGAAUUUGAAUCAGUUUCUCUUAAAAUGUAUGAACUGUUAUGCACAAAGUCAAGGACAUCAACCAACUUCUUCAAGAUAAUGUCAUCUGUUGCAAUAAACUACAUAUUAUGAGGACAAAACUUUUGUUCCACAUUUGUACCCAGCUGUAUUUUACUAAAUUCUUUCAGUUGAGUUAUUUGCGGUGAACACAAAGAUUUCAGUAUAAUCAUGAACUGUGAAAUACCCUUGUUAACUGUAUUCAAAACUGGAAAUUAUUGCAAAGCAGCUGAUUUUACAAAUCCUGAUUUCUAGUACUUUUUCAAGUACCCUUUUAAUAGAAAGGGGUUCUUUGAACACUUCUGUUUAGAAACCGGUAUAAUGUUAGGUUCCUUCAGAGGUUAAUGGUCAAUCAUCCUUUCAAUAACACUAAGAGACAUCCAGGAUUCUGACAGAGUCACCAUUAAAAUAAAUUGGGACCCUUAUUUUUGUGUUUAUUUCCUGGUUCAAUUGCUGUAUUAUCACUGCAUACUAACAUUGCCUCAGGACAUAAACAUCAAACAUCUGUCCAUGGCAUUUCAGCUCUACUUAUUCAUACUUCAUCCAUUUGUAUUGCAAAAGGAAUUGCUUAUUUGCCACAUUGCAAGUUAGUAAUUUCGUCAGCACCAUUUGUAAGUCCUUGAUAAUUUUUAUUGUCAGUUAAUUUGUCACUGUCACCAUUACAUCAUUUAUAUCAACUUCAAACUCAUAUAUUCUGAGUCAAAUUGAAACUCAAGAAGAACUAAUAUGUUAAAGAUGUUAUUUAUUUAGACCAAUUAAGUUUUAUACCUUCUCCUGUCUCUCAGUUUCGUUAUGCGAUGUAUUUGGCAAGGUGAAAAACACACACACACGUGGUAGAGAUUGCUUACAAAUCACUUAUGCGACAGGUUCUAUAAUAUCGCACAAGUGUGUGAGACCCAUCCCAGAUAGGACUAACAGAGAAUAUUGAGUGUAUACAGAGAAGGGCAACACGAACAGUCACAGGACUCUUUAAUCGAAGGGAGAGCAUCACAGUGAUAUUGAGGGAACUGGACUGGCAGACUCUUACAGACGGGCGGAAUAAUUACUGCAAGUACAGAGGCAUUCAAUCAAUCAUUCUUCCCAUGCUCCAUACAUGAAUGGAACAGGAAGAAACCCUUAUAACUGGCACAAUGAAUAUUCAGCACAACAUACUGACGUUGAAAUACUCCUGCAAGUUCCCCGGGUGUUCAUCUGGCUAUUAUGUGGGUUCAACGGAGGCAAUUUGCAACAAGCAUUUCUACAGGUUUCAAAACAACCUCAAGAGUUGCUUCUAAAGUGGGAGAGUGUUUGUAAACUGUCACCAGAAGUGAACUGUGCUUCUUAUUUUGUUUGUGAAGAUCAUUUUUUCGAAGAAGAUUUUAUGAAUAAAAGUAGGCAUAGGCUAAACAGAGGUGUGUUUCCAAAACGUGUAACAGGUAUUUCUUGUGAAAUUGCCAAAAUCAGUAGUGAAUCAGGCGACACUGUUGUUAAUAGUGAAUUGGGCCUACCAAGCACUACUGGUGCUAUGACAACUGUUCAUUUUACAGCUGAUAAUACCAGAAGUGAAACUGGUGUUAAUGAACUACAAAGCCUUAGUUGUGUUGUGGCAAGUAGCUCCAGAAGUGGAUCAGGUGAAACUGGCGUUAAUAGUGAAUUAGACUUACCAAGCACUAGUGAUACCAUGGAAAAUCUUUAUUAUACAGGCGCCAAUACCAGGGGUGAAACUGGUGUUAGCUAGGUUUACCUAGCACUAGUUGUGCUGAGCGGAGUAAUUCAUUGAGUGAUGUACCUCUUAAAUUUUUUAUCUCCCCUCAAAAUGAAUAUGCAGAUAGUGAGUACACAUUCUUAUCUGAAACAUUUUGUAAUAAGGAAACUGGAGUUUUAAGUACAGGGGUUUCGAAAGCAGACUUAACUCCAACAAAAUCAAAAAUGUACAAGAUUCAUAGGAAUACUCUAACAAGGCUAUCAAAACUGAAAGCAAAGCUACAUCAUGAAAAAUCAGAACUGAAAGCACUUAAAGAUUUAUAUGACAGCAAUACUUUCUCUUUCAUAGAAUCUAAUUUAAACUCUGUUGCCAAAAAUUUCAUAAACAGCCAAUUAUGAAAUGCUCAUCAAUCAGCAAAUGCAAGGCAAUGGACACCCAAGGACAAAGUAUUUGCUUUAUCCUUAGACAAACGAAGUCCCCGCCUAUACAGAUUUUUGUCAGUUCAUUUUUAUCUUCCUUCUGUGAGGUAUCUGAAAUGUCUGUGUCUUCUAUACCUUUUAAGCCAGGAUUGAAUAUUUCAGUCAUGAAUGUAAUGAAAGCAGAAGUUGAAGUAAUGAACAACAGUGACAAAUAUUGUGCUUUGUUGUUUGAUGAAAUGUCUU